AUGUUCAAUUUCUGCCCUCUUCAGGGUGCAUUAUCCCAAUCGCCGGCUACGCAAUCCCUUCUUGAGCUUGAUGGCGGCGUCAAGCUUCUCGUCGGCCUCGGCUGGGACGAGUCAUUCGACGUGGGCAAACUUAAGGAGCUCGAAAAACAAGUCCAGAGCCAGACUAUUUCUCUUAUCCUCCUGACCCACGCCACCGUCGGCCACCUUGCCGCAUUCGCCUACUGCUGCAAGAACUUCCCUCGCUUCACCCACAUCCCCGUCUACGCGACCCGACCCGUCGCCGACCUCGGUCGAUCCCUCCUUCAAGAUCUUUACGAAUCCACCCCCAAAGCCGCUACGACGAUACCCGAGGCUUCCCUCGCCGAGGCAGCGAUCGCCUACACCCAGAAGCCCAGCGCUGCCCAUCAGCAGCUCCUCUUACAAGCUCCUACCCAGCAGGAGCUCGCGCGCUACUUCUCCCUCAUCCAACCCCUGAAAUACUCGCAGCCCCAUCAGCCGCUGCCCACUCCGGGAACACCGCCGCUUAAUGGACUCACGAUUACCGCCUACAACUCUGGUCGGACACUUGGUGGCACGAUAUGGCACAUCCAGCACGGUCUCGAGUCCAUUGUCUACGCCGUUGAUUGGAACUUGGCACGAGAGAAUGUAUUUUCUGGCGCUGCGUGGCUCGGCGGUGCUGGCGGCGGUGGCGCCGAAGUCAUCGAGCAGCUUCGUAAACCAACGGCGCUUAUCUGCAGCAGCCGAGGGGUCGAGAGACCACCCCAGACCGGAGGUCGGGCGAAACGAGACGAACAACUCAUCGGGCUCAUCAAAUCAUGCGUUACCCGCGGAGGAACGGCUCUCAUCCCUGUCGACUCGAGUGCGCGUGUGCUCGAGCUCGCCUACAUUCUAGAGCACGCCUGGAGGAAGGACGCGCUGGAGCAUGGACCGUUCGAAACUGCGAAGCUGUACUUGGCCGGUCGAAGUAUGGCCAGUACCAUUAGAUACGCUAGAACCAUGUUAGAGUGGAUGGACGACAACAUCAACAGGGAGUUCGAGGCCGGUCAUGAUAACCAGAGGAGGCCAAAUGGGGACGACAGGCAGGCCAAGGGUGGAGGACCGUUCGAUUUCAAAUACGUCAAGAUUCUCGAACGAAAGGCCCAGGUGCUUAAACUAAUCUCAGACAGCCCAGACAACGUCCAAUCGUCCGGCAGGGUCAUUCUCGCCAGCGAUACGUCUCUCGAAUGGGGUUACUCCAAGGACUUCCUGAAGGGGCUGGCCAAGGAUUCGCGCAACGUGCUGAUUCUUACCGACAAACCCGGCGUCGUAUCAAAUACUCCUACACUAGCGAGCACUCUCUGGGAAUUCUGGCAGGAAAGAAAGAGCGGCGUCUCGACGGACAAGACAGACAGCGGCGAUGACCUCGAGUUCGUCUAUGGAGGCGGCCGCGAGCUCGAGAUCCAGGAGGAAACAAGGCAAGCGCUCGAAGGCGAGGAGCUCGCGCUUUACCAACAGUGGCUAGCACAACGCCAGCUUCAAGAGAAUGUGCAGGGCGGAGGGGUAGGCGGCAUGGAGACGUCGGCCGACGCCGUCGACGACGCAUCGUCGGAGUCUUCGUUGGAAUCCGAAGAUUCCGAUGGUGAGCAGCAAGGUCGCGUGCUCAACAUCUCGGCCACCAUGGGCCAAGCCCGGAAGGCUGUGCGCGACGAGGAUCUCGGCAUUAACAUUCUUAUGAAGAAGAAGGGAACCUACGAUUUCGACGUGGACGGCAGGCGAGGUCGCGACAGGAUGUUUCCCCUCGCCGUGCGGCGGAAGCGCGUCGAUGAAUUCGGCGAGGUUAUCCGGCCUGAGGACUACCUCCGCGCAGAGGAAAAAGUCGACGACAACGGCCGCCAUGAUGGCAUUGCCACUCUGCACGCCGCUGCGGCGGGAGGGGAAGAAAGCGACGCUGGCGGCCCCGCAGUCGGCAAGAAGCGCAGAUGGGACGAAUCCUCCUCCAACGCCUUAUUACUCAAGCAAGGCGGCGGCGGCGGCGGCGCGAACAAGCGGGCCAACCUGCUCGGCAUCCGCAGCAAGUUGUCAGACGACGGAGGCGACAACGUCAAGUCGGAAGAAAUUGACGCGCUCGACGAAGUGGAAGAUGUCGAGGAGGUCGAAGUCUCGGGCCCCGCGCGGCUCGUCGUGACGACGGAAAAAGUCGUCGUCAACCUCCGCCUUGCCUUUGUCGACUUUAGCGGCCUGCACGACAAGCGGAGUCUCAACAUGCUGAUUCCCCUCAUCCAACCGCGCAAGCUCAUCCUCGUCGGCGGCUCGCGCGAGGAAACGAUGGCGCUUGCUGAUGACUGCAGAAAACUGCUGGCGCCUUCACAGAAGGAGGGCGAGACGGGCGUCUUUACCCCCGAGGUCGGAGAGACUGUGGAUGCUAGCGUUGAUACGAAUGCCUGGACGCUCAAGCUUGCUGAUUCCCUCGUCAAGAAGCUCAAGUGGCAGAGCGUGCGCGGCCUUAGCGUCGUCACCAUCACGGGCCAGCUCCUCGGCCUCCUCUCCACAGCGGACACUAAUAACAAACAACCCGCCGCGGCGUUAAUAGAAGACGGCGGCGCCAAGAAGCGCCAGAAGACGGACACGGAAACGACCACCACCAAACCGAAAGAAGUAGAAAAGGAACAAGAAGAGGAAGAAGAAGAAGAAGAGAAGAAACCCUCCCCGCCACCAGCCCACAUCAUACCCACCCUCGACCUCCUCUCCAACGCCUCCCUCUCCAAAGCCCGCUCCUUCACCCAACCCCUCCACGUCGGCGACCUCCGCCUCGCCGACCUGCGCCGCGAGAUGCAGGCGGCGGGCUACAGCGCCGAGUUCCGCGGCGAGGGCACUUUGCUCGUUGACGGCGUCGUGGCGGUGCGGAAGACGGCGGCGGGCAAGAUUGAGGUCGUUGGCACGGCGGGGGAUGGGGUCGCUGCCGCUAGGCAGAGGGGCACGCUUUAUGAGGUUAGGAGGGUGAUUUAUAGGAAUUUGGCGGUCGUGGGGGCGUGA